AAUUCUUUGGCAUUUGUUGGACGACCAACCCAGAACGUUGAGCCCUAAACCCUCCUUAUCCUCUAUCUCUUCUCUCUCUCACUCACUCUCUCAUCAUGUCUGCUGCAAAUACAGCUUUCAUGAAACCCCUAUCAAUGACCGAAUGCUGUAUAUCCUUUGUGCCAACCAAAACCACAUAUCCAUUUCUCAUACCACCCUCAAAACCCAUCAAACUCAUUCGCUUAUCUUCAUCAUCGCCUUCAUGGGUCUCUCUGAGACACAAGAUCUCACCAUCAAGUAUUGUCCCAUUCGUUGCACAGACGUCAGAUUGGGCCCAAGAGGAAGAAAAGUCAGUUGAAGGGUUUAAGUGGGGAGAGCAGACUGUAGAGGACACAGAGGGUAGUGCUACUUCUUGGGGAGGAGAGGGUGAAGAAGAGAUUGGGGUUUUGGGGGAGAAUGAAGAUGGGUCUUUUACAGAGCCACCAGAGGAGGCUAAGCUUUUUGUUGGGAACUUGCCUUUCGAUAUUGAUAGUGAGAAAUUGGCUCAAUUAUUCGAUCAGGCCGGGGUUGUUGAGAUUGCUGAGGUGAUUUACAAUAGGGAUACAGAACAGAGUCGAGGGUUCGGAUUCGUAACAAUGAGUACUGUAGAACAAGCUGAGAAGGCCGUGGAAAUGUUCCACCGUUUUGAAGUAAAUGGAAGGUUUUUAACGGUAAAUAAAGCUGCUCCAAGAGGGUCACGUCCAGAAAGAGUUCCUAGAGCAUUUGAACCCUCUUUCAGAAUUUAUGUCGGUAACCUGCCAUGGCAAGUGGAUAAUGCUCGGCUGGAGCAGGUCUUCAGCGAACAUGGCAAGGUGGUGGAUGCUAGGGUUGUGUAUGAUCGAGACAGUGGGCGUUCACGUGGAUUUGGCUUUGUAACAAUGUCUAGUGAAACAGAACUGAAUGAUGCAAUUGCUGCUCUUGAUGGACAGAAUUUGGAUGGCAGGGCGAUCAGGGUAAAUCUAGCUGAGGAACGACCAAGGCGUAGCUCCUUUUGAAUUGAAGAUGAUUAUUUUUUGGUGGCUUACGUGUACUCUUAAUGUCCCGCAGAUUCUUUCAGGGAGUAGAAAUUGCAGUUUCUUUCUUUCUUAUAUCUUCAUGCUAGUACGUUUAUUUUACGAGGGUGGGAGUUUCUCAAAAUGUGUUUUUUUUUCUACAAAUUUUUUUCCUCAUUGUGUUUUUUUUUCCUUCUUAACUUGUCAAUGAGGUAAUACUAUUAUUGUUCAAUUCCGUUUGUUAGUUUCUGUGUAUUUGAUACCACACUGGGUGACUAUAAUUUAUUUAUUUAAAAGGUGCAUUUAUUAAAA